AAUGAAAGCGCUUGUCAAAUGUUUUCUGAAGGUAACUUCAUGUGGGUCUCCAGUUUCACUUUGUAUGCCACUGUCAACAGACGCUGUCGGCGGUCAACUUACUCAUUCAGACUCGUCAGAACAGGAAAGACUUCUGUGAGGACAUGAGCUCAAAAAUGAGCUCAAAAUAUGCUUCCGGCUUUUUAUUUAGAAGAACGACUCCAAACAUAUAAGGGUUAAACACUCAUUUUGUCAUUAUACUAAGUCACCCUUGGCUUUGGAGUGGAAAUUCUACACCCUCAUCUGACUGGAUUACACACCUUCUCUAUCUAAUGGUUCCAGCACUGAUUUUAAGCACGAGAUGGUAUGCCGGGAAUUUGAACGCUUGACAGAGACUCCACAGAAAUGUCGGAGUCAAGACAAGCGACCAGCGACAGUGGACAUCCUCGCUUCCUGAUUGGCUGUGAGGAUGAUGAGAGGAGAGAACUGGAGGAGACCGACAUGAGAAACAUCUCAAGGUCUUAUGGGGAGGAGGAGGACGACGAGGAUCAGUCAAUGGAGCGUCAGAUAGUGGUGGGGAUCUGCUCCAUGAUGAAGAAAUCCACAUCCAAACCAAUGACUGAAAUUCUGGAGAGACUCUGUAAAUUUGAGUACAUCACCGUGGUCAUUUUUCCCGAGGAGGUUAUUCUCCAUGAACCAGUGGAGAAGUGGCCGCUGUGUGACUGCCUUAUUUCCUUCCAUUCCAAAGGCUUUCCCCUUGACAAAGCAGUGAGCUAUGCCAAACUAAGAAACUCUCUCCUUAUCAAUGACCUCAACAUGCAGUAUUUCAUUCAGGACAGGAGGGAGGUUUACAGGAUUCUUCAGGAAGAGGGCAUUGACCUUCCACGCUAUGCAGUGUUGAACCGGGACCCUGACAGACCAGAGGAGUGUAACUUGGUAGAGAGUGAGGACCACGUGGAAGUGAAUGGAGAAAUAUUUCAUAAGCCUUUUGUGGAGAAGCCUGUCUGCGCAGAAGACCACAAUGUGUACAUCUACUAUCCGACCUCAGCUGGUGGAGGCAGUCAGCGCCUUUUUAGAAAGAUUGGCAGCCGGAGUAGUGUGUAUUCUCCUGAAAGUACCGUCCGGAAGACUGGCUCGUACAUCUAUGAAGAAUUCAUGCCCACAGAUGGAACAGAUGUAAAGGUUUACACUGUAGGACCAGAUUACGCUCAUGCUGAGGCUCGUAAGUCUCCUGCUCUGGAUGGGAAAGUGGAGCGAGAUAGUGAAGGAAAAGAAAUUCGGUAUCCUGUCAUGCUCACUGCAUUGGAAAAGCUCGUGGCCAGAAAAGUGUGUCUUGCAUUUAAGCAAACAGUCUGUGGAUUUGACCUUCUCCGAGCAAACGGACAUUCUUUCGUCUGCGACGUCAAUGGUUUUAGCUUUGUAAAGAACUCCAUGAAGUACUAUGACGAUUGUGCCAAAGUUUUGGGGAACAUGGUGAUGCGAGAGCUGGCCCCUCAGUUCCACAUUCCCUGGUCUAUCCCUAUGGAAGCAGAGGAUAUCCCUAUAGUCCCGACUACCUCAGGAACCAUGAUGGAACUGCGUUGCGUUAUUGCUGUAAUUCGCCAUGGCGACCGUACACCCAAACAGAAGAUGAAGAUGGAGGUUAGAAAUGCCUUGUUUUUUGAUCUGUUCGAAAAAUAUGGUGGCAAUAAGACUGGAAAGCUAAAACUAAAGAAACCAAAACAACUUCAGGAAGUGCUGGAUAUUGCACGUCAGCUCCUGGCUGAGCUCGUCCAGCACAAUGACUGCGAGAUUGAGGAAAAGAAAUCCAAACUUGAGCAACUGAAGACUGUUCUGGAGAUGGAAUCCAGCCUGAAUUAUAAUCAGUAUGGCCAUUUCUCAGGGAUCAACAGGAAGGUGCAGCUGACGUACCUGCCAAAUGGGCAACCCAAAGCAUCUAGUGGGGAGGAAGACUCUCAGAAGGAGGGUCCAUCCCUGCUCCUGGUGUUAAAGUGGGGAGGAGAACUGACCCCAGCAGGUAGAGUUCAGGCUGAGGAGCUCGGACGAGCCUUCCGUUGCAUGUACCCCGGCGGACAAGGAGACUAUGCUGGUUUCCCUGGUUGUGGCCUUCUACGUUUACACAGCACCUACCGACACGACCUCAAAAUUUACGCCUCUGAUGAGGGUCGAGUACAGAUGACUGCGGCGGCGUUCGCAAAGGGUCUGUUAGCCCUGGAAGGGGAGUUGACCCCAAUCCUAGUUCAGAUGGUCAAGAGCGCCAACAUGAAUGGACUUCUGGACAGCGACAGCGAUUCCCUCACCGACUGCCAGCAGAGAGUCAAAGCUCGAUUACAUGAGAUCAUGCAGAAGAACAGGGACUUCAAUGAGGAAGACUACCAAAAGCUGGCUCCAACCAGCAGCCCGUCUCUGGUGAACUCCAUGGGGGUGAUCGGUAAUCCAGUCAGGACUUUUGACCAGGUUCACACCCUGAUUCAGAGCCUUACUUCUCAGAUCUGCAAAAGGCUGGAAGACCCCAAAUCUGCAAACCUGCAGCUGUACCACAGUGAAUCCCUGGAGCUCAUGCUACAGCGGUGGUCCAAACUGGAGCGAGACUUCCGCAUGAAAAACGGCCGCUAUGACAUCAGCAAGAUCCCGGACAUCUACGACUGCAUAAAGUACGACACCCAACACAACAGCUCUCUGGGGCUGGAGGAAACGCUGGAGCUCUUCCGGCUGUCCAGAGCUCUCGCCGACAUCAUCAUCCCCCAGGAGUAUGGGAUCACUAAAGCCGAAAAGCUUGACAUUGCUAGUGCCUACUGCCUUCCUCUGGUGAAGAAGAUUCAGCUUGAUCUUCAGAGGACUCAUGAAGAUGAAGCUGUCAACAAACUCCAUCCACUGUACUCGCGAGGAGUGAUGUCACCGGGUCGGCACGUUCGGACCCGGCUGUAUUUCACCAGCGAAAGCCACGUGCACUCCCUGCUCAGCAUCUUCCGCUACGGAGGCCUGUUAGACGAGCUGAAAGAUGAACAGUGGAAGCAGGCCAUGGACUACCUCAGUGCUGUGACUGAACUCAACUAUAUGACACAGAUAGUUAUAAUGCUGUAUGAGGACAAUAACAAGGACCCUUCCUCAGAAGAACGCUUCCAUGUGGAGUUGCACUUCAGUCCGGGGGUGAAAGGGUGCAAGGACGAAGAUAAUGCCCCGAUGGGUUUUGGUUUCCGCCCCGCCUCCUCAGAGAACCAUGAGAAACAGACCAACCCAGGCAGUCUUGAGGACCUUUCCCAAGACGAACCCGACAGAGCUGCACUGUCCGAGCCAAUGAGCAUUCACAGGAAGUCGCCAUUAAUCCGCAACCGCAAGGCUGGAUCCAUGGAGGUUCUUUCCGAGAGCAACAUGUCUUCCCGCGGAGCCGCGUUUCGUAUUUUCCCAUCGUCUUCUCGCCAGUCCCCGGACAUCAAACCCAGCGGGUUAGGCGCCCAGUGUGCAGGGCUUUUCAGCGCCUCCUACCCCAACCUGAGAGACCUAGCACGAGUUCCCCGCAAAAAGCCCUUCAAGAGUCUGGCUUCUCGAGUCGAGCUGCUGUCUAUGCCGGCAGUAAAGCGGUUUUCUGUGUCGUAUGCCAGGCAUCCGACUAAUGGGUUUGAAGGUUGCUCUAUGGUGCCCUCUAUCUAUCCACUGGAGACGCUACACAACUCGCUGUCCCUCAAGCAGGUGGAUGAAUUCCUCACGGCGGUGUGUAAAAAUGGAAGCGAGACGCAAUUCAAGAGGCUAAAAUCUCUGUCUGCCAUGUUUGACACGCAGCCCUCCAUGGAUGCUGAAAGUCAGGAUACCCCAAUGACCACCCCGGUCCAGCUGAGCCAGCCACCUAGCCGACCUCUCUGGUACAGCAGCGGUCCCCCCAGCACAGUAUCCAGCUCCGGACCAUCAUCUCCAUCUUUAGCUGAGCCUUCAUCAAACUUCGAAUUCAACAGCGAGUAGACUACUUCAUACUUUUUUGUUAUUGAUCCAGGAUCAGGUUUGAUGUGGCAGAAGCUGAUCCUAGAUCAGCAUUAAUGAGUUACAAAGAGCUACUUCCUCUUUGAGGCUGCUAAUGUUCACACCAUUGUAUUAAACUACUCUUCUGCCUGAACAAUACACAGAGGCACUUUAGCUGAUGUUGAGCUCUUGCUCUGUCAGCAAAUAGAGCAGUGAAACCAGUAAUUAACUUUUCCGCUGUACUUAGGUAAUCUGAUGGAGCCGGAUAGUAAUUAUGAUCGUAGAUUCAGUGGCAGAGAGACAGCUACAUUAUAGACAUUAGUCAUGUCUCUGUAUUUUUUUUAUUGUUACCAGACACCAAUGCAGUUACAUUGCACACAAUAAUGCAAAUCAAAGUUUUGAAAUAUUAUAUUUUAUUUUAAUUAUUACAUAUAAUGACUAAGAUCCCACUGAUUUAUAGUGCCAGUUGAUACAGUGUGAAAUUUUAAGUGUAAUGUAAUUAUGCCACUGUCUUUAAAUUUGUGUAUUUUGAGGUUAUUCUUUUUUUACAUUUUUAGAGAUUAGAUUUUUGUUAAUGCACUAUAUUUCAGGCAUUGAAUAAAAUGAUAAUUGUAUUUUUAUUAUGUGGUAAUACUGCAAACGGUAUUGUUUGGGGUUAAAUUAAUGUGCCUUAAUUUUAUGUGUGUAAAAUGAGCUUUAGUAGUCUCUGUAAAGACUUGAAUGUUUUCAACUGUAUAUAAUCUACUGUUUUGACAAUUGUUUACUCUGUAAAGUUAAAGUAGGAAUAUUUAAUUUUAGAGAAUUGUAUUAUGUAAUAAAAUAUCUGAUGUAAAACGUG